CACAGCAGUCGCGAGCUAAAAAAGAAGCGGACAACUGGUCCGCAAAAUGAUAAUUUCACACUUCUAGUGUAGGUUUUUAGCCACAGAGGACAGUCAGUUUGUUUGUAUUUAACAGUCCCUCGAGCAACAAAGCACGUGUCUUCGGUGUAUUGUGUUGCCGAGAGAGAUAAGAAAAAAACCCAAAGAGCGAGGAUGUUGGUCCCCGCGGGAAGAUAAUGAAGAGGCUGCGCGUUUUGUUGGUGUCCCUCAUUGUAGCUCUCCUGUGCUGGUACCCCAGUCAAUAUGUGUAUUGUUCAGAGCAGAGCUUGUCUGGCCCUGGUCAGUCCGCGGGGGACAACAAAAGCCCAGAGGGCCAGGAGCAGGAGCUGGAGCAGGACUCAAUGCAACACAAGGUGUUGGAAGAAUGGACGACACAUACAUCAUACGAUAUUGGUCUAGAGACGGAGAGAGCCGCUAUAGAGAAGCUAUCAACACACAAUAUACACCAAGAACAGACUGUGAAUCUUCAGGAAGCUGAGGUGGAGGAGACCAAGCCGGACCCAGAGUCUGAUACUGUACUUGUGACUCCUGAGCCAGAACCCCACCCAGACCCCCUGGCUGAUGUGGACCUGCACACUGACACCCAGCACCAUGACCAUGAAGUCCCUGUGUCCUCCACUCCAGAACCAGUUCCACCACAGGGCGAAAUGUCCACAGAUGCCCAAGCAGAGAUCGUCAGUGACGACCCUGCUGCACACCCCAGCCUAGACUCAAACCCAGCCACAUCCCCAGAUGAAGCUGAAAACACACCUACCUCACAGAGUGCCGGCCAGACCCACACAAGUGCGGUGCGGGUUGUCAGUGCAGGAGAUGAACUCCCAGUAGACAACUUUGUCUUUGCUGAGCACUCUGAUGCACAGUGUGGGGUAAUUCCCCCCGAACUGGCAACCUGUGAAAACUCCCCUUUUGGCAGGCCUCUCUUAAGUGUGGAUGAGGCUAGCCUAGAGGACCAGCAGUCAGACCAGAGCCACAGCUCUGGUUCUAAAGCAGAGGUCCAGCCUACUCCAGGCCACGUGGACCAGGAACAACAGCAGCAGCAGCAGCAGCAGCAGCAGGAGCUGGAGAAUGGGCUGUCUGAUUUGGACCAGGAGGGCAACACUUCUCAACACCACCAAGAACAGCAGGCAGGGCAGGCCAAGAUUGCCAGGGAGCCUGAUCCCUCAGUGCCCAGCAAAGAAGACAUCCCCACUUUCGACGAGUGGAAGAAACAAGUCAUGGAGGUGGAGAAGGAGAAAAGUCAGUCUCUCCAUACCUCAACCAGCGGCAGCGCCCAUCCAGUGAAGAAGGUCCAGAAAAACUUCAAGAAUAACUACGCCUCUGUGGAGUGUGGUGCCAAGAUACUCUCUGCCAACAACGAGGCCAAGAGCACUUCAGCUAUUCUCAUGGAGAAUAUGGAUCUAUACAUGCUAAAUCCUUGCAGCAACAAAAUCUGGUUUGUGAUAGAGCUCUGUGAGCCUAUUCAAGUCAAGCAGCUGGACAUUGCGAACUUUGAGCUUUUCUCAUCAACACCUAAAGACUUUUUAGUUUCCAUCAGUGACAGAUAUCCUACCAACAAGUGGGUAAAGCUAGGUACUUUUCAUGGCCGUGACGAGCGCAUUGUCCAGAGCUUCCCACUGGAUGAACAGCUUUAUGCUAAAUAUGUGAAGAUGUUCAUCAAGUACAUAAAGGUUGAACUCCUCUCCCACUUUGGAUCAGAACAUUUCUGUCCUCUCAGUCUCAUCAGGGUGUUUGGUACCAGCAUGGUGGAGGAGUAUGAGGAGAUAGCAGAUUCCCAGUAUCCUUCAGAGAGACUGGAGUAUUUGGAUGAAGAUUAUGACUAUCCACCUGGUUAUCAACCAUCAGAAGACAAGGCCUCGAAAAACCUGCUUGGCUCAGCAACCAAUGCCAUCCUUAACAUGGUAAACAACAUUGCUGCUAAUGUGUUGGGUGGCAAGCCAGAGCUGGAGGGUGGAGCAGCAACAGGAGGUAAUACAACAACAACAACAACAACAACAGAGGAGGAUGAAAAGGGGAGCACAGAAGUUACAGCUAAACCAGUUGAAACACCUCAGGACUCAGGAAUGAUACUGGAGCCUGCAGAGCCAGAACACCCUGCAACCCAGGAGGCCUCCUGUGUCUCCAGUGACUCUUCCACACCUUCCCCCUCAUCACCCGACUCCCAUAAGGAGAGACAGAUUGUCACUCUGGUUGAGGAAGAGGAAGAGCCCAGACAGUCUACUGUCACCUUGAUGGAGGAAGAGGUAGAGGAGGAGGAAGAGAAGAGAGAGGAGUCGACGAGGAGGGAGGCAGACAGAAACCAGUGGGACAGCCAGAAUUACUGUCCUUUCUCCUCCUUCUCUUCUCUGUCUCUCUCCUGCAUGGUAACCCUGCCGGAGCUGCUCCAUCGCUGGUGCUCAGCCAGGCUGGCCAAGGAGAGACUCCGCAGCCUGAGGCGGAGGCAGUUAAGCUCUCAAACACAGACGCAACCUGGUGCAAACACCCCUCUCCUCAUCCACACACCUCCACUGAUCCCUGCCCCUGUUCCCACACCUCUCAAAGAAGCGCUUCCCCUCACAGAAAAAGCCCCAGAGCCCGAGGUGUCAGUUAAGGGCCUACAUGAGGGGAAAGUCCUGGGGGAGGUGCACACCACACAUCCAAACUCUCACACCCCUGACGCACAAAAUCUAGAGCUCAACAUCCUCCUAGAGCCUAGCAGAACAGCCACAAUCCCCCCUCACAGUUUCUCAGACAUCCACAGCUCCCUGACGUCGCCUACCCCCAGCCAUGAGGAUAAGCUUCCUCCUCCCAUUAAAGACGCGGCUCUCGACCCCGUCCCCACUCCACCCCUCCAAGCUGUCUCUAUCCCAGAGACGCAACAGGCCACCAGUGCCACUCCCACCCUCACUGUCAGCUCUCCCCCACAGCCAGUAGCCUCUGAGACGGCCUUUCCCGCUGUUGUGGAUCCCCCCGUCAGGGAGCAGCCUUUUCAGCCUCUUCCCACUGCAUCAAGGCCUGAAGACCUUAUCCCCCCUCUCACUGAACUGCCAACAGCUCACCCACUGACCGACACAGACACAGUAAAGUCAGGCGCAGACAGUGUGGACUCACUGACUCAUGGGGAGCAGGGGGACUCCCUCGCUCACACUGGAGAGCCCCAUCGGGUGGAAGACACGGUGGACGACUACCUGAUGAGCACGAAUGGGAAUGGCAACGUCCACCGGACGGCUACAGACUUCUACGCAGAGCUGCAGAAUGGAGGAGAUUAUAAUGGUGGGGCAAUGAUCGGGAACGGCAUGUUAUUGAACGGGGGGUCUGUGCACGGCUCCAGCCAGAAGGAGAGUGUGUUCAUGAGGCUGAACAACAGGAUCAAAGCCCUGGAGAUGAACAUGAGUCUGUCCAGCAGAUACCUGGAGGAGCUCAGCCAGAGAUACCGUAAACAGAUGGAAGAGAUGCAGAGAGCGUUCAAUAAGACCAUCAUCAAACUGCAGAACACCUCUCGUAUCGCUGAGGAGCAGGACCAGAAGCAGACGGAUUCCAUCCACAUCCUGCAGAGCCAGCUAGAGAACGUCACUAAACUCAUGCUCAAUCUCACCGACACAGUCGGCCAGCUUCAGAGAGAGGUAUCUGACCGUCAGAGCUACCUGGUGGUCUCUCUGGUUCUGUGUCUGACUCUGGGCCUCCUGCUGUGUCUGCAGUGCUGCCGCAGCUCCUCUCCCACCCCCGACACAAACGCUGCUGCCCUCCCCAAGAGCAACCACUACCCCAGCCCCAAGAGAUGCUUCUCCUCCUAUGAUGAUAUGAGCCUAAAGCGCAGGGUGACCUGUCCGCUUGUUCGCUCCAAGUCGUUUCACUUGUCCUCUACAGAAGUAGGUCCCGAUGACUUGUACAUUGUAGAACCUCUAAGGUUUUCUCCAGAGAAAAAGAAAAAGCGCUACAAGUCAAAGUCGUUGGACAAGGUUGAGAUUCUGAAUCCGGCCGAUCCCUCUGCUCCGCUCACAAACGGGGUUCUAAACUGCAACGGCUUCCAACCAUGCCUCCCUGAACCACCACCACCACCUCCUCUUCCUCCUACUACUCGUCCUCCUCUUCCUCCUUCUACUACUACUCGUCCUCUUCCUCCUCCUCCUCCUCGUCCUCCUCUUCCUCCUCCUUCUCUCCCCCUGCCUCCUCCUCCCUCUACAUAUGAGGAGUCAUCACUGCCCUCUUGCACCUGCAAGGAGUUCCCCUCAGAGACCAGCAGCUGCAGCUCGUCCACCCACUCUGAGGAGUCCUACACAAGCCACCUCCCCCCUCCCUCUCCCACUUUACCCCCCGCCGGCCUGUGCAACGGACACAGCCUGCCUUUCUCCCUCCAGCAGCCUCCCACCAUGCCCCGCCACGAGAAGCGCUCGAUGAAGCGGCGGAAGUCGCGGCAGAUGGAGCUGCAGUUCCCUACCCUGCGGGGUGGGGGUGUCGGUUCUCUGGCCAGCCUGCAGCAGCUUAUGAAGAGAAACAAGGAGAUCAGCGUCGGGACCAUCGGGGUGACAGCGGUCACCGGACAUGUCUGAAUACUCACACUUUUACACAACUUUGUAUUCACAACACGCGCACUAUACGGUAGCAGAUGUGUGAGGAGAUGAGGUUUAACUGCAUCCCAAAGAACCACAUUUCCCAGAAGCACCCAGGCGCACCGUGGAACUGAAAUGACUGUGGCAGCAGUAGCUCCACAUCAUCCAGUCCUUAUCCACUCCUGUCAAAGAGCUGUUUACGGUUACGUGCCUUUAUAUCUGUUCUAGACCUUUUAAUGCUAACAAUAUGAAAUUCAAAGAGUUGUGGAUGUGGACAGAGAGACACGGGUGGGGAGGGAAACAUUAAUACAAGUCAAAUCCAUUGAAGUGUGUUCAAGAUGUUUUUUCUACUGGAUAAGCACAUUGUCCCAUGACAGCUGAGCACCAGUACGCUUUUAUCUCCCCUCUGAGCAAAGUGAGGAGGCCUCAACUCUACGUUCCUUCACCUUACGGGGGGCAUCAAGAAGUAUUACGCUGCUCUUUUGGAUGAAAUGUGUUGUUGUGAGAACUGUGGAGCAUGACAAACUACUUCUCUUAUCCUUAUUUCCUUCUGUCUUUCAUUGCCAUCAUUUGACCCAUUCUGUCUUUUUGUAUUGCAUCCUAACAUGACUGCAGGUGUUUGUUGUGGGACCAGAGUGUUCAACUUUGACUGUACACCAGGCUCUCCGUUUCUCUGUCUCUCGUCAGUCUGUUCCAUGCCAAUCAUUAGAGCUGAAUGAAGAACAUCAUUUUACGUGUGUACGAAUGUGUUAGUCCUUUCAGUUUAGUGUCCCAUUUAACCUCAUAUUACAAAUGCAAUCGCAGCAGUCUGUAGAUCCUACUAGGUCACAAUGAAAUGUUCUCUACUCGGUUAGUUUGGGCUGGGCCCGAAGAGCUUGCACACACACACACACACACACGCACCAAUAAAAGAAAAAUUGCACUGUUACGGGGGAUAUUGUGUCUGUGAGGAAAGUAAAGGGUUCAAACAGACUAAAGGCAAGCGAUGGGGUUUUUAUUGUCUUUUUCUGUUAGAUUUUAAUUAUUUCUUUCGUCCAUAACUGAGCUAUGCUCCUCUUUUAUCAUUGCUGGUGUGGUUUGAAUUGUUCACACAACCAGUAUGUAGGCAUAAGUUUCUGGUUUUAGAGCACAAUGUACUGUAUGAGCACAUUGGGCUGCAGAGCUGAAUGUUUACACUUCUGUCACACGACGCGCACACACGCACAUGCACACACCUCCUACUAGAACCCUGCAGCAGAGUCUGACAGACUCGUUUUAUUUAUCUAUUUAUUUAUUUAAAAGACUUCAGAUGUUUCUAAUCGAACUUGCUCUCCAGUCUCCAAUCCUGCAGUGUCAAAGUAGUUUAUUCAUGCAAGUAUGUUGCAUAUAAAUAUUACAGUGAAAUGCACUCAACUGCACUGAUGGAUGGCUCUACAGACCUUUUUACACUUUUUUUUACAUUUUAUCUUGGGCUUAUGGCAGCCACUUAUUGUUUGCCUCAGCCUGAAAUAUCAGAAGUACGAAAGCAGUCACAUGUCCUGCAGCAGCUUAACAAGAUAAUUGAGUAUUGAUUUACAAAACUACAGGCUUCUUAGGAUCAUCACACUGCUGCUUUUGAAUAUGUUGAGAGCUGCUGGGUAGUUGGGAGUAGUGUAACUGAGUGUUAAUUAUUGUCCCAUCUGUGUGCUUGUUGUAGCAUCUUUUGUUGGUUCGCUAACCAACCGAUUUGAACUCACCCCGUUUAUGAUUACAUGACUGACCUACCUUAAGAUUCAGUUUAAUGUUUAAACAUCGUAGGGAGCUGCAGAUGUGAGAAGGGGUUUUUCAAAUAAUAAAAUGAACGUUAUUUUAUGUAUGCCGUUUCUGACUGGCUCUGUGUGGUUGGACUUGUAUACAUUAUGACAGAGACGGAGAAUUUUCUUCUUACUCCACCCUCCCAAAAGGGCGCCAUUACCUCUCCUUGCCAGCUUCUACAGCUCCUUUUCUCUUAACAUAUCUUUAUCCACCAAGGUCACCUCUGACCUCCAUUGCACGACUUUCUGUAACUGUGAAGCAAAGUUUUAAUAUGCCUGCUUUUAUUAACCACUCUAAACAUGUUCCCGUUAAGAGCUUGAAAAGCUUUAUCAGUCUACAUGCCUGCUUUCAUAACUAGCGGAUCUUUCUUUGACGCUUCACUCUCAUUGUACACGUCAUUUAUUCACUUGUCAUUGGUCUUUGACUUUGUCUUUGCCCCACCUUGAAUGAGACUUGUGGUUUGUGAGGAGAAUAAUAUGAAUUCAUGAAUAAAGGGAACGCAGCAAAGAUGGUCAAUUUGGAACACAAUGUGGUUCACAGGCCGAGCAAAUCAUGAGGGUUUCUUACCCCGUGUGUGUGUAUGUGUGUGUGUCUGUGUCUGAACCUGAAACUGAAACUGUAUGCAUGUGAGAAUUUAUUUGUUUUUGAUCUCAUGUAUGUGCGUCUGUGUUGUGAGAAAGACUACUUUUAAUAUACUUAUCCCGUAACACAGAUUAGGGAGAAAGCCCUCAGAAGUUCUAGGAGCUCAGUGUGCACUUUGUAUGACUCCUCAUGCCUUUUUUGUUUUUCUACCUUAUACGUCAAGUGCUAUCUUUUCUGUCUCUCUAUCCCUCUCUUUCUGACUGAUUACUCUGAAGAGCUGCAGAGUAUUUUUGAGCAACAGUGAGUUACUACAAAACUGUAGUGCCAUUAGAAACUGUGAAUUUCUAAAUAAAAUCUUUUUUUGUUGUCUUUCA